UCUUCCUCUUCUGCUGCUGCUGCGGAUCAUUCCUGCUUUAAAACAACCCGAGGACUCACCGGUAUCUUCUUAACCAUGCAGGAGGCGAACAGUCAAUAUCUUUAGAUUCAAACACACAGAUUCAAACGGCUCGGAGCUCCUUCCUCGCGCAGAGAUCCGGACUCUCAAAGAAAAUACUGCAGUAUCUGUGUGUACUUGUACAUGGCGCCGUGUAAAGGCACUCUGAGGGACCUGCAGCUGGCUCUUCAGCUGAAGAUCGAGGAGCUGAGACAGAGAGACGCUCUGAUCGAUGAUCUGGAGCUGGAGCUGGACACCAAAGACGAUCUGAUCCGCCUCCUGCAGGAGGAGCUGGACCGGCAGCGGGGGGGCCAGCAGAGCGGGGGGGGGCGCGGGGCCGAGGAUACAGGUGUUCAGCCUCCAGCAGCUGAUGAGCCUCAGCGCACAAAGAGACAAGCGAUCUCUGCAGAGCCGACAGUGCUGGACCCCUCACAGCUGACUGAUGUUACCCUGAAGAGCUACUCCAAGAGCAAAGAGUCCAGUGAUCUGAUCCAGAGAGCUCUGAUGGACAACGACUUCAUGAAACAUCUGGAACACGGACAGAUCCUCACCAUCAUGGACUGCAUGCAUCCCACCAGCCUGACUAAAGGCUGCUGUGUGAUCCAGGAGGGAGACGACGGCUCCACGGUUUACGUCCUGGAGGAGGGAACCGUGGAGGUGACGAAACAAGGAAAGACUCUGUGUUCGAUUGGAGAGGGGAAAGUCUUCGGAGAGUUGGCCAUCCUGUACAACUGCACCCGCACUGCUACUGUAACAGCUCUGACUGACAUCAAGCUCUGGGCGAUCGACAGGCAGUGUUUCCAGACCAUCAUGAUGAGAACCAGCCUCAUCAAACACUCGCAAUACACAGACUACCUGCGCAGCGUUCCCUCCUUGCAGUCUCUUCCCGAGGACAUCCUCAGCAAACUGGCCGAUGUUUUAGAAGAGACUCAUUACAGCGACUGUGAUUACAUUAUCCGUCAGGGAGCCACCGGAGACACGUUCUUCAUCAUCAGCGAGGGACAGGUGAAGAUGACGCAGCAAAACUCACCUGGAGACGAGCAGGUGAUGAAGACCCUGAACAAAGGAGACUGGUUUGGAGAGCAAGCUCUGAAAGGGGAGGAUGUUCGUACAGCCAGUGUGACGGCAGUGGGAGACGUCACAUGUCUGGUGAUCGACAGAGAGUCUUUCAAACAGCUGAUCGGAGGACUGGAGGACGUCAACAACAAGCAGCUCGACAGCGACGAGGUCAAAGCCAAUUUGCAGGCAGAAGCUGAUUUCUUCUCCAGUGUUUCUCUGAGUAGUUUCAACACCAUCUGCACUCUGGGGAUGGGAGGCUUCAGUCGAGUGGAGCUGGUGCAACUAAAGAGCGAUACCAGCAGAUCUUUUGCCCUGAAAGUGUUGAAGAAGCGUCACAUCAUGGACACCAGCCAGCAGGGCCACAUCCUGUCUGAGCGCCGCAUCAUGGUGGAGGCUCACAGUCCCUUCAUCAUCAGGUUGUACCGGACUUUCAGAGACUCCAAAUAUCUGUACAUGCUGCUGGAGGCGUGUCUGGGAGGAGAGCUGUGGACGCUGCUCAGAGACAGAGGAUCUUUUGAUGACGGCGUGACUCGGUUCUACACCGGCUGCGUGGUCGAGGCUCUGGCCUUCCUGCACUGCAGAGGAAUCAUCUACAGAGACCUGAAGCCUGAGAACAUCAUCCUGGACCAGCGGGGAUACGCCAAGCUGGUGGACUUUGGCUUUGCUAAGAAAGUGGGUCUGGGUAAGAAGACGUGGACGUUUUGUGGGACUCCAGAGUACGUGGCCCCUGAGAUCAUCCUGAAUAAGGGCCACGACAGCUCUGCAGACUGCUGGUCUCUGGGAAUACUGGUCUUUGAGCUGCUCAGUGGCAGUCCUCCAUUUUCAGAAUCUGAUCCCAUGAAGACGUACAACAUCAUCCUGCGAGGUAUCGACAUGAUCGAGUUUCCCAAAAAAAUCGCCAAAAGCGCCGCCAACCUCAUCAAACGCCUCUGCAGAGACAAUCCUUCAGAGCGGCUGGGCAAUCAGAAAAAUGGAGUGAAGGACAUCCAGAAACACAAGUGGUUUGAAGGCUUCAACUGGGAAGGCCUCCGUCAGGGAACCAUCGCCUCUCCGUUCACCCCCACAGUGGAAGGACCUUUGGACACCAGCAACUUUGACUAUUUCCCCGAGGACACAGAAGACCCUCCUCCUGACGAAGAGUCCGGCUGGGACCUGGAGUUUUAGGGAAAAACAAUACAAAAUGUAUUUCUUUAUUUAUAUUUAUUGUAUAGUAUAAACUGUAAGAAAUAGCUUUAUAUUUCAAGCAUUUUAGUUAUUACAGGACAAGGAAUAACAAAUAAUGAUAAUAAUUUAUGGGAUAAUAAAUUAGAUCAGCGGGUUUUCAAAGUGUG